AUGGCUCAAAUUCCAAAAACUCAAAAAGCUGUCAUUUUUGAAACAAAUGGUGGUAAAUUAGAAUAUAAAGAUAUUCCAGUUCCAAAACCAAAACCAAAUGAAUUAUUAAUCCAUGUUAAAUAUUCAGGUGUUUGUCAUACUGAUUUACAUGCUUGGAAAGGUGAUUGGCCUUUAGAUACUAAAUUACCAUUGGUUGGUGGUCAUGAAGGUGCUGGUGAAGUUGUUGCAAUGGGUGAAAAUGUUAAAAAUUGGCAAAUUGGUGAUUUAGCUGGUAUUAAAUGGUUAAAUGGAUCAUGUUUAAGCUGUGAAUUUUGUAUGCAAGGUGGUGAAGCUAAUUGUGCUCAAGCUGAUUUAAGUGGUUAUACUCAUGAUGGUUCUUUUCAACAAUAUGCUACUGCUGAUGCUGUUCAAGCUGCUAAAAUUCCGAAGGGCACUAACUUAGCUGAAGUUGCUCCAAUAUUGUAUGUAUUUACAUUCUUGGUUGGUAUAUUUGCAAUUUGAUUUUUGCACGACCGCUUCCCUUUUGGCUGUAAAAAGAAAAAUAUCAACAGAUUGCAAAAUAUGGCUAACCAAAUGGUUUUUAAGAAUAAAAUACUAACCACGCUUGUUGAUGUGCGGGAAUUACGACAUAUGUGGCAAUAAAGAAUGCAAAAGUUAGACCUGGUGAAUGGAUUUGUAUAUCAGGAUGUUGUGGGGGCUUAGGGGCGUUGGCGGUACAAUUUGCGAAAGCUAUGGGUCUCAGAGUAGUUGGAAUUGAUGGUGGUGAAGGCAAAGAAGCAUUUGCAAAAGAAUUGGGAGUUGAAUCAUUCAUUGAUUUUACAAAAAAUAAGGAUAUUGUUAAAGCAGUCAAAGACGCUACCAAUGGAGGUCCACAUGGUGCAGUUAACGUUUCAGUCUCAGAAGCUGCCAUUAAUCAAUCUUGUGAAUAUGUCAGACCAUUAGGUACUGUCGUUUUAGUUGGUUUACCUGCUCAUUCCAAAGUUUCAACAUCUGUCUUCGAUGCUGUUGUUAAAUCAAUCAGUAUUAGAGGUUCUUACGUUGGUAAUAGAAAAGAUACACAAGAAGCUCUUGAUUUCUUUGCUAGAGGUUUAGUCAAAUGUCCAAUUAAGAUUGUUGGUUUAUCUGAAUUACCUCAGGUCUUCAAAUUGAUGGAAGAAGGUAAAAUCAUGGGUAGAUAUGUUUUAGAUACCUCAAAAUAA